AAGAUAUAUUGUUUGUUUUUUUUUCAUAUUCAAUAUUUUAUUUGCACAUAUAUAUUUCUUCCCUUUCAUAGUAGUGAGAGAGGACUCCUCGUCUCCGCUGAUUCCAUUUCGCAUCGUCACCGAUUCUUCGCGAGUUCUCAGUCUAUCAUUUGUUGUAGAAGGAUGGCUAGUGGGUUUGGGGAAUCUACGAGCAGAGAUCCCCCAAACCCAUCUUUCUCGAGUAAUGCCAGUAGCAAUGAUCUCGCCGGUAGUUUCGAAUGCAACAUCUGCUUCGAAUUGGCCCAGGAUCCCAUAGUAACACUAUGUGGCCACCUCUUCUGCUGGCCCUGCCUCUAUGAAUGGCUCCACGUCCACGCCCACUCUCCCGAAUGCCCUGUUUGUAAAGCCAUUGUUGAAGAGGACAAAUUAGUCCCUCUUUACGGUCGGGGAAAGACAACCACCGACCCGCGAUCCAAAACAAUGCCAGGUGUGCAGAUCCCAAACCGCCCAACGGGGCAGAGGCCAGCCACCGCUCCUCAAACUGACCCUAACCAUUAUGCAAACCCAAACCCGUGGUUUGUGGGUGGGGCCCCGGUGGCCAAUGGGAGGUGGGGGAACUACACUUUCUCGGCCGCUAUUGGUGGAUUGUUCCCUUUACUUAGCUUCCAAGUUCAUGGAUUUCCGGAUGCGGCAGCAUAUGGACCUGGUGCGGGAUUUCCCCAUGGGUAUGGUCAUUCAUUUCAUGGAUGGCAUGGUCAUGGGUUCCCGCGACAUGUGCAUCAUGGGCAGCAGGCGGAUGUCUAUCUCAAGGUGCUGUUGAUUCUGGUCGGCGUUCUUGUAGUUGCUAGCCUUGUUGCAUUUUAAAUUGGAGUGUUGCUUUAUAGCUGUGCAAUAAUGUCCUUAUUUAGGCUCUAAAUGCAUAAGUGUGCUUCCUUAUUUGUCUUUGCCAAUGCAAUUCACACCUGUGUGGAAUUGUUUAUUAUUUGUACGUAUCUUGACAAACCAGAGAUGGUUUGCUGUUAUAGAGUUGGUUUUACUAUUAUACUACUUGCAAUAAACAGUAUGCUAUUUCUUUA